CUCUAUUUGCCAGCUAACAAUCCCAAUACAAAAAACAUUAAUUAUUAAGUUCUAUAAAUUUGUAUUAAUUUUCUCGUUCCCAUGACCUAUUAAGACUUUCUAGCUACUCUCUGAGCUAGAUUAAAAUAUGAAUUAGACCCAUCACCGUUAAAAUAAUAUAUGCCUUUUUUUUUUUUUUUUUUAGUGGUUUAAAAAAUGUCUCUACAAAUAGGCGCUCUUUGUCAUUCCGUGUAUGCCCUAUUAAUCAACCAGAACUAGCUUCACUAGCAACCUCAACCUCCUCCUCCUUCUUCUUCUUCUUUUUCCUUUCUUCGAUGGCAGUUGCCAAAGACAGAAUCCCUCAAGUUUCAUCAGCUUCAUUUCCAUCUGACCAAUUUCAUAAACCAGGAGUUCAAGAAGUAGCUCACUCUGUUAUCAACUUCAAAAAUGGAUAUAGUACUGCUACUAGUACUGGUAUUAUAAAUACCACUUCUUUGCUUAGCUUUGAGCAAACUCAUGAGCGUGCUAAUUCUCAAAACUGCAAUUAUCUGAAACCGAGCUCCACUAGUCACAAGGAUGUUGAUCACUACUCCAACUGGGAUGACCAUCAUAAUUAUGAGUGGAAUAAUCAUCAUCAUCAUCAUCAGGUGAUCAAUCCGAGAAUCUCGGGGGAAUUGAAUUGUUUCCAGACAGCUUCUGAUUAUGGCUCUGUAGAUAACUCAACAGCAGCCGGGAAAGAUUUUCAAAACCAACACGGCGGCGAUGGAUCGUAUGGGUGGUUGUACUCUGAAUCAACCAUUUCUGCUGAUAGCUUUGACGAAUCUGCAACUCAUGAAGCUUCAAGAAUUCAUAAACGUCAUCAAAUGGGGGAGAGUACCCAAGGUCAUAAGAAGCAAUGCACUAGUGCAGCUAAAAGGACUAAACCUAAGUCAAGCCCUUCCAAGGACCCCCAGAGUGUUGCAGCCAAGAAUCGACGAGAGAGGAUCAGCGAGCGGCUUAAGAUACUCCAAGAAUUGGUUCCCAAUGGCUCCAAGGUUGAUUUGGUAACUAUGUUAGAGAAAGCGAUUGGUUAUGUCAAAUUUCUUCAACUUCAAGUCAAGGUUUUGGCAACAGAUGAACUUUGGCCAGCUCAAGGUGGGAAAGCGCUUGAUAUUUCUCAAGUGAAGGAAGCCAUUGAUGCUAUUCUCUCUUCUCAGAGAGACAGAACUUCAAGCUCGGAGUAGUAAUGGAGUUAUUAGUUUGUUCAGGCAAGCAAAGUAAAAGCCAUAGUCAUUGUUGUGGAAGUUAGUGAUGUUGAAGAAAAAUGAUGAUCCCAAUAGAUAUUAAUUUCUAAUUAUUUAUCUUUUUAGUUGCUGUGAAGAUCUUGGAAUUGAGUUACGCAAUUUUCAUAUGUAAUUGUAACUGAGAUUGCA